AUGUAUAUAAACGCAAGCAUUUAUUAUGACAUCAAUAAUGAUGACUACGAAGAGGUGAAAAACUCGCGAAACUUUACGGGAAAAGUAGUUUUGGUGACCGGAAGUAGUUCUGGAAUCGGGGAGGGAAUCGUCAAACUGUUCUCUAUAUUAGGCGCUCAUGUGGUGGUCACCGGUAGGAGAGCCGAUGAAGUGCACAAAGUGGCACAAGAAGUACAAAAGGUAUCACCAAAAGGACUAAAGCCGUUAGCAGUGAUCGGGGAUUUGACUAAAACAGAGGACUUGGAAGGACUGGUAAACCAAACCAUUGACACGUUUGGACAGUUAGACGUUUUGGUCAAUAACGCCGGUAUCUCAUUGAGUGCUUCAAUUAGAGACGCAAACUUUACCCAAACCUUUGACCAAAUAUUUAAUGUAAAUCUAAGGGCGGGGCUACAGCUUAUUCAGCUGACAAUCCCAUACCUACAACACACAAAUGGCACUAUAAUUAGUACGUCGAGUAUAGCAUCAUAUUUACCGAGGAAAGCACAGUUAGCUUACGGCGCAUCCAAAGCAGCUGUCGAUUACGCGACCAAAGCAUUGGCCGUAGAGUUGGGGCCAAACAUCAGAGUGAAUGCCAUUAAUCCCGGUGCUAUACUCACUGAACCAUUAAGAAAGUUACUGACCCCUGAAGAACUAGCAGCCAUAGCAAGUGUCACACCACUCAAACGUAUUGGACAGCCGUUGGACAUCGCAAAGGGAGUGGCAUUCCUGGCCUCAACUGACGCCCAGUUUAUUACCGGCGCUAAUCUUGUCAUAGAUGGGGGACUCGUUAUAUAA